CUUCCAAACGGCGCUCUUCAGCGAACUCGGUCGUGUGGCCGUUGUGGGCGAUCCGAUUGAGCAGCUGAAGUUUUGAACGAGAGACAAGAUGAUGCAGUUCCGAUUCAGCUACACUGGCAGCUUCAAUGAGUCUGAUUCUUGGGGAGAGAAGUUGGAGCGAAAUUUCGGUGAAGAAUCGGAGGUAUGGUUGGGCUGGAACAGUAUAAAAGGACACCAAGAUUGAACGUUCUAGGCAUCAAUCUUCUCACCAGAUUCCUUUCGGCGAUCUCCGUUCGACCGAUUCUUUUUCCCCUGCCAUUCCUCUAUUCCUCAAUUAAUUUGGGUCAGCGACAAUUUUUCUCAGCGGAAGUUCGUGGGUUCGGUGAUUCCAGCAGCGGCUUCGUUGGCGAUAAAUUCCUUCUGGGCAGCUUCAAGAUUGUUCUCUACGACAUCAAUUCCCUAGCAGAAGUUCUCUCUGAUGAAUUUGAUUAUUAUUGGAGCAUUUUGGAUGCAUGUAGAGUCAAUAGGAGCCUUGAAGAAGCUAUGAAGAUGGGAAAAAUCAAGGGAAGUCGCACCCUCAUGCAUACGCCCGUUCCUCUAGGUGUACGCAAAUUCAAGUCAUUUUCCUGUGCUCACUGGAAUGUUCGUACCCCCUUACAUACUCCAGUCCCUCAGCCCGUCCAAGAUCUCAAAAACAAACCAAGUGGCGUACCCCUUGGCGUACGCUCGUCCCUAAGGUCGUCCCUGUAUACUCUGCCACUUAUUUAAGCUCGGAUUGAACUUCAUUUUCACUGUUUUGACCCAUGGCUGAACCCUAGAUACUCAUUUUCACUCCUUUUCAUAUUUUUAGAUUAUAUUAGGCUUAAAUUUAGGUUUCUAAACAUAUUUGAAGCUUGUAAUCUUGGAUUUGAAGCUUAGAUUUCAAGAUUGUACCAUCCAUUUCAAUAGAGAAGUUUUCUUUCCUUUAUC